AUGCCUCCAGUUCAACAAUAUCAAUACGUUGGUCAUCAACCAUCCAACUGGGAUAAAUUUAAAAUGGGUGCUAUCAUGGGGUCCACUGUCGGAGUCUGUGUGGGUGUUUUAUUUGGUGGGUUCUCUAUUUUACAAAAUGGUGCUGGACCAAAUGGAGUAAUGAGAACCUUGGGUCAAUAUAUAAUGGGAUCAGUUGGAACUUUUGGAUUAUUUAUGUCUAUUGGUUCAGUGAUUAGAUCUGAAUCAGGAUUUCAAGAAUACGAAAAAUCCAUGGUGGCCAUGCAAAGAGCCAAGUUAAGAGCCAUCUACAGAGAUGAAUAA